AUGAAGGUGAUCAAAACAAUCCUCUUCCUCACCAUAAUAACCAUUACAACCUUAACACCCAACCCGAUUUACUCCGAAACAGGCCCUCCCGAUAGAAACUCGUUACCCAUUAAAAUUGCCCCCGGCCCAUUUCUUUCUCGAUUUCAAGUUGAAAGCUCUGGCCCACGAACGGCUCGUUUGUGCGGACAUGAUAAUCGGGCAUGCGGUCACUUCUUGUUCGGAAGUGGAAACGGGACUUGUUGCAACAAUAGGUGUGUCGAGACGGGCUCGGAUGCUAGAAACUGUGGCGCGUGCGGCAAAAAGUGUGUGUUCGGGCAAGUUUGUUGCAAGGGGGAGUGUGUGAAUCCAUACAAGGAUAGUAGGCAUUGUGGAUUUUGUAAUAACAUGUGUAAGAUUCAUGGCACGUGCGUGUAUGGCCUAUGCGACUAUGCUAUGUAA